AUGGGGUAUCUGGUAAAUCAAGCCCAGAGUGCUUUUGUGAGAGGGAGAAAUAUCUCAAGUAAUAUUUUGAUGGCGCAUGAACUAGUGAAACACUAUAACAGAAAGCAUAUCUCUCCCAGGAUUAUGCUGAGCUUAGACAUCAAAAAAGCUUUUGAUACAAUAAAUUGGAAUUUUCUAAAUGAUAUGCUAACUGGCCUGGGAUUUCCUGAAAAGAUGAUAAACUGGAUUAUGGUAUGUAUAUCUUCACCAAAGUUCUCUAUUUCCUUAAAUGGUACAUUGCAUGGUUAUUUCAAAGGGAAAAGAGGGUUAAGGCAAGGAGAUCCUCUCUCUCCUUAUCUAUUCAUUUUGGGAAUGGAGUAUUUGUCCAGGAGCUUGGAUAUGCUACAGGAAGACAGGUCUUUUAAAUACCACCCAAGGUGUAGUGAACUGAAGAUCACCCACUUAAUUUUUGCAGAUGACCUUCUUCUUCUUUCUAAAGGGGAUUUACUUUCAGUAAGGAAACUAUUCAAAUGUUUUAAAGACUUCAGUGAUGUUUCUGGUCUUCAAGCAAAUCAUGAAAAGAGCAGGAUUUUCUAUGGUGGAGUUGAUGAGGAAUUUAAAAGCACAAUUACUACAUUCCUGGGAUUUCCUGAAGGUAGACUGGAGAUUAUCAAAAGUAUUGCUCUUGGUAUUCAAAUUUAUUGGCAAUCUAAUUAUCUCUUGCCAAGGAAAGUGCUUCAAAAGAUUGAUGAUAUGUCCAGGGAUUCCUUAUGGGGGAAAUAUGAUCAGGCUCACAAAAAUCCUCUAGUUUCGUGGGACAAAGUCUGUUUGAAUAAAAGAAAUGGUGGGCUAGGCAUUUUCUCAGCAGCUAUUUGGAAUAUGGCAGCUACCCUAAACAUCCUUUGGAACAUUCAUGUUAAAAAGGAGAAUUUAUGGAUUAAAUGGAUCCACGGUACAUACCUAAAGCAUAAUGCUGAUAUAUGGCAGAUUCAAGCUAAGAAUGGGGAUUCUUGGAUGUGGAAACAAAUCUUGAAAGUAAGAGAUAAGGCUUUGGUCUCUUAUGGUGGAACUGAUUGCCUUGGUUCAGCACUGUUUGGGAGACUGCAAACAUCCCCAGGCAUUCCUUUAUUGAGACUGAAACCAGAGAUCACCUCUUCUUUGAGUGCACUUUCUCGAGUGAUACUUGGAACAAGGUUAUGGACUGGUUGCAUUUUAGGUGGAAAUCUUGCUGCUGGAGGCAAAUCAUUAAUUGGUAUUGUACCAGAUUGA